AUGGCUACUACGGAACCAACUGCUAAAAUGGGGAUCUUAGAAAUUAUAAUUCAAUUUUUUCAAUCUUUUUUCGCCAAUUCAAAAAUUGAGGAACUUAAAGGAGAAAUCAAAGAAAAGGAUUUAAUGAUCGAAAGAUUAAACCACGAGAUUCAAAAAUAUAAUAAAUUUCUUACUAAUUUACAGAAAGACUAUGAAAAUUGUAAACAACUAUUGCAAAUGGAAAAGGCAGAUAAAGCUUUAUUUCAAAAGAAUCUACUUAAGAAAAUCGAUAUUUAUGAGCAACAGAUCAUUUUUUUUGAAAAAGAAAAUAUAAAAUUAAAAGAUGAGGCGUCCAAAUAUCAACUAGCACUGGGUAAUGCAACAAAUUUUCGAUUUAGUGACGACGAUCAGAAUAACCUUAUGCAUCUUAAAUCUGAUAUUGAAAAUUUACAAAAUAUGAUUGAAGAAUAUGUUACUAAUUUGAAAAAUGGUAUAGAAAUAAAUUUUGAAAAUGUCAAUAAACUUUUAUUAGAAUAUGGAUCUCAAACAAAAAUUAUUACUCAUGCGCCAAAUAGACAAUUAAUCAAAGCCGUUUUACAGCAGCACGUCUUGAGAGAAAUUCUCUCAUAUGCAGAUACGUUUCAUGAAGGACUCGAAUUAGAAAUUAUUCAGAAAGCCGAUAACUUAAUUGAGCUCAUUAAGAGAUUCUCACAUGAACGUGUCGGUGCAGAUGAUAUCACCCGUGUAGCACCUAUAAAAUUACGUCAACAGGUUUAUGCUAUACUUGGUUAUCGUGGAUACGCUAAUAUAAACGAAAAAAAGUUUGGGAAUAAACAGCAUCCAUUUCUGCCUAUAUUCCAAAGAAAAUUAAAUGAUUUAAUGAAUAAAUAUCGCGUACUCAAUGAUCCUAAAAAAAGGAACGUGGCUGAGGAAAAGGCUGAAAAAUUGAUUCAAGAAGCGAUUCGAAUAUUCAAGUUUCGUUUUAAGGUUCAAGAACCAAUAAUUGAAUUUGAAUGGAUAAAUUAUGGUACAAAAAUCAUGGAAGGAUGUGUGGAAACGCGUUAUGAGGAUUUUAAUGAUGCCAUUGUUGAUAUAUGUUCAUUUCCUUUAAUUGGUAGGGAUUUAUCUAAUCGUGCUAAACGCAAGAUAAUUACCCUCGCAAAAGUUAUUCCAACUCGUACUGGUUAA